AUGCGACCGCCACGACUCCUCAUCGUCCUCUUCUGCCUAAUCUUCUUCCCGAUUUUCCUCACCUUCUUCUCUGCGCUCACAUCGCCGGCUGUAGCCGCCCCCAAUACUCUCGCGGGUCGAGAAACUGGGCUACGCGCUCUCUUCUCGUUUAGCAUACCCUCUUCUCUGUUCCCGCCGUCGGCCAUCAUCAGUCUCACCGAUGACAACUCGACUUUCUUCCUCGCCCGCCCGGCAGCAUUUGGGCCUCUCUUGCCGACAAAAGGCCUCAGCAGCCAGUUAUGGGUAGGCAGUGGAUUCGGCGAAGGCGGACUAGCUGCGGGCGCGGAAGGGGAGCUGGGGUGCUCAGAUAUCCCCGGCUGGGGGGAAGGCACCAACCAAAAGAAGCAAGAAAAAACCGCGAGGGGCGUGGAACAGAGUUCCGCUACCUCCGGAAGUAAUACGCGCAAUGAUUUGUCGCAAAACCGCCCGCGGUCGGUGUCGCAGGUCGAUGUCACACCGCCGAGCGAUAGAGAUGAUACGACGCCCCCACUAUUAACGAACGACGGCACCGACGAUCACCUGCACCAUCCACUUCCCGAAUCGGGUGCGUCAAGCCCCGGGAUAGGUCAAAAGUAUGGAGAUUAUGUUCAGGUCAAACCAUCUGCGCAUGCCGAUAUCCAGUCGCUGCAGGAAACCGCGGAGAUCCAGGGCAAAGUGGUGCUCCUGAGUCGCGGUGGCUGCGGGUUUUUGGAAAAGGUCAAGUGGGCCCAACGCCGAGGCGCAACUGCAUUGAUCGUUGGUGAUGACACUCGGGGUGGAAACUUGGUCACCAUGUACGCACGAGGCGAUACAUCAAACGUGACGAUUCCCGCCUUGUUCACCUCUCACACUACCGCUCACCUGCUAUCGUCCUUAAUGCCAGGGCACACGGGAGGGACCGUGAAAAUGGGAGAUGUGCUGGGAUCAUCCCAGGUGAAAAUGGCAGGCCAGGUCGUCGCCGAAAAGGAGCGAGUUGCAACCACCACGACAGCACCGACUGCCCAGACCCCAACGGCCAGCAGCCAUUUUGCUACUAAAGAGAAAUCUGCAACUGCCUCUCAUUCCAGUGGUGGGUUUUGGCGUGCCAUUGGAUCAGCACUGGGGCUGUGCAACAAAAGCAGAGGCUCGAGUCAUUUGGAGGACAGCCGACGCCCACCUAGCAGUGGAAAUAUUGACUGGAUCAACCUUGGCUCGUGGGAUGGUAAGGGAUCUUCAUCGAGCUCCUGGAAAAGAUCCACAGAGCUUAAUCGCCGCGGUCGCAGCAAGGCCGACGAGAGUUUUGACAGUCACCGGGCAGACAUGUCCCCGGAUAGUUUUGAAGAGGACGAGUUUGUCAUCGGAGUUCAGGACUGGAGAGACCCUGAUUUGAUGCCUGCCAAAAGCAGCACGCCGCCGACACCCAGCACUGUGACGGGUAAAGAUUCUUCUAAAACCGCCAGUGCGGAUAAAGAUUCCGCUUCAUCGAUCAAUGCUCUGCAAGGCGGAAGUAUCACGCCUGGGAGUGGAGAAUAUCAAAGCAUCGAGAAAUCUAGCACCGGCGCUCACGACAAGGACACCAAAGGGCUUGACAAGCUAUCAUACGGCGCUCAAGGAAAGGACAAGACCUCCAACUCGGGUUGGCUUUUGGGUCAUUUCAGCUGGGGUGAUGAAAAGCAUAAUGCCCAACCUUCUUCAGCGCCCUCGCCCCAGAAGCUUAGUGCUGCGGAUCAGAAGGCGCAGAACAACAGCCCCUUUACGUCAAGCCGACCAUCUGCAGAGACCGAACAUGAAGGCCUGUGGGUUACUAUGACACCUACCAGCAUGUCUACUAGCCCAUUCUUCGAUACCCUUCUGGUCCUUGUAGUUAGUCCCUUGCUUACACUCACGGUCGUGUAUGCUUUACUGCUACUCCGUUCUCGGAUCAGGCGCCGCCGCUGGCGCGCCCCAAAGUCGGUCAUCGAACGUCUUCCGGUUCGGACCUAUCACACCAUCGCGAUCUCCUCAUCCUCAUCCUCCAACUCAACGCGACCUCCAAGCCCCGGUUCCCCGUCACCUACGUCUCCCCUCCUUGGCAAUGAAAUUCAGCCAACCGAUGCUCGGCUGACCAGGUCGCGCUCGCAGACUGUCUCGGGCACUAUGCUUACUUCUCCGAAUCUACCUAAAGAAGAAAAGUACAGCCUGCAAGCUGGAUCCACUCUAUGGAGGCGGAAAUAUACCGGAAGACAGGUGGAAUGUGUUGUCUGUCUUGAAGAGUACAUCGAUGGCGAAAGUCGGGUUAUGAGUCUGCCAUGUGGCCAUGAGUUCCACGUGGAAUGCAUUACACCAUGGUUGACUACCCGCCGGCGAACCUGUCCUAUCUGCAAAGGCGAUGUUGUCCGGUCCAUGACCCAUGUCCAGCCGGGUGGCUCUGGAAGCCACCAUGGACACACCAGCGACGAUGCGCAGACCCCAGAGGCCAUUUCGCGAGCCGGUGCUUCAUCCGCGCCUGUUUCGAUUGAAGGAGUCAACAACGAUGACCCUGACACCGAACAAACUGCAGGCCUGCUUAACGACCAUGCAAGCUCCGCGCCACAGUCAAGCUGGAGAAACUUGGCGACACUAAGUCUCUCGGCUCUGAGCGGUGAUACCAUCUGGCACCAAGCUCGCGCGGACCGCAACCGCUGA